CGAUUUGGCUGACACAUUCAGCAGACAAGGGGCAACUUUUUCUCUCAUGGAUCGCGACUCGAGCACGGAUACAAGUUCGGUUUAUGAAACGGAACCGGAGCCGCGGCGACGUCGUGUUAUCUUCGAAUUGGCCGUGGAGUCGGAGCCGCACAUCUCGCCACGGCCCGAAGAUAAUGGCGCCGCAUUUCGACGCUUCGUGCUGAACGUCUCGAAUCCGCUGGACAAGCGUCUGCUGAUCAUCUCCCUGUUCAAUGGCCCAAUCGAUGCCAAUUUCCGUUCGCUGAUGGUCGAGCUGAAUGGCGGGCUGCAGGAUGUGCUGCGCGAAGAGGCCGAGGCCGAUGCGGCCAAGCAGCGGGCCACGCGUCCAACGCCUGCCAAUGAAAUGGAAACGGGCUCCACAACAGACACCUCUUCCGAAACAGAGCCCUCCCUCAACGACAGUCUCUAGUAUAUCUCACAGAGUGUAGCUGCAAAUCACCAGACAGACUACAUAAAUGCAUACAGACACGCAUACAUACAUACACAUGUAUAUAUGUGUGCAGGUUAAUAAAAAUGUUGGCAACUGAUGCGCCAAUCGAGCAGCUUAAAAGCCAACGG